AUAACGCGACGAAAAAACACACACGUCACAAUAUAUUAAAAAAAAAUAAGAUAAUACCCACGCGUGUGUAUAGGAACCCGGCUAGCUAUGUCAAAACAAUUGGCUGAUUUGCAGCCGACAAAGUUUCAAUUCUAUCAGAAGAUAGCACUUGGCAUUCUGCUCGUAGCCAUAGUGCUCUCCCUGCCCACAAUAUGCCAGAGUCAAAGCAAUCCCAGUUUUAAAUACUCCCGCGAAGCAAAUGAAAAUUUUGAUGCUAAAAAUGCGCCGCCGGUAAAUCACGAACAUCACCACGAUCAUGAUCAUCAUGACCACGACCACGGCCAUGAUCAUCAUGACCAUCUCCACCAUGACCACGAUCAUGAUCACCACGGACAUCACGAACAUCACGAACACCAGCACACAAAGUCGGUGCCGCUGGAUAUGAAGAGUAUCUGGCUGCACUCAAUUGGUUCUACGCUGCUUAUCAGUGCCGCUCCAUUUGUGCUGCUCUACAUUAUUCCGCUAGAUAAUAGCGAGGCGAUGAAACCACGUCUAAAAGUUUUGCUGGCCUUUGCGUCCGGCGGUCUGUUAGGUGAUGCUUUCCUACAUUUGAUACCACAUGCAACCCACCCGCACAGCCAUGGCGAGCACGAGCACGGCCACGAUCAUGAUCAUCAUCAUGAUCAUCACGAGGAUGGCGAGGGACACGCUCAUGUGCAUGAUAUGAGUGUUGGCCUAUGGGUAUUGGGCGGCAUUAUUGCCUUUUUGUCUGUGGAGAAAAUCGUGCGCAUACUCAAGGGCGGAGCAUCGGGUGGACAUGGACACAGUCACGGCGCACCCAAACCCAAACCAGUAAUCAAGGAGAAGGAGAUUGCCGCAGGCGAUAAGAAAAGGUCCUCAACGAAGCCAAGCAAAGCGGUGGCCAAGAAAGCUGAUGAUGAUGAGAACGAAGUGGAAAUAUCAGGUUAUUUAAAUUUGGCUGCAGAUUUUGCGCACAAUUUCACCGAUGGCUUGGCCAUUGGAGCCUCCUAUCUGGCUGGCAACAGCAUUGGCAUAGUUACCACAAUAACCAUACUGCUGCAUGAGGUGCCGCACGAGAUUGGCGACUUCGCCAUACUCAUCAAAUCGGGCUGCUCCCGGCGCAAGGCCAUGCUGCUGCAGCUGGUGACAGCGCUCGGCGCCUUAGCGGGCACAGCGUUGGCUCUGCUCGGUGCGGGCGGCAGUGAUGGCAGCUCGGCACCCUGGGUGCUUCCCUUUACAGCGGGUGGUUUUAUAUACAUAGCCACAGUUAGCGUGCUGCCGGAACUGUUGGAGGAAUCGACGAAGCUCAAACAAUCCCUUAAAGAAAUUGUUGCGCUGCUAACGGGCGUGGCGCUAAUGAUUGUUAUAGCCAAGUUUGAAUAGUUUCAGCCGCAGAGGAGCCGAAUAGUUUCGUAAAUAUGGCCCGUAUGUACUUCCAAAAUAAAUUUGUGGGCAUGUAAAAUA